UUAAACAGUACCAGUAAUACAAAGACGUAUAAAUACACACACUCAUGAACCCAACGUAAUCACCAUCCUAAGCAUUUCCACCACUCACUACUACUUCUACUCUCCCUUUGGCUCUCACUCCCACGCACCGACCCGAAUCCCAAUCCCCAUUUUCUCUCUCUCUCUCUCACUCUCUCUCACUCCCAAUGGAGAGAGCUAAACUCGACUACGGCCGGCUCGGCGGCGCCGCCUCAUCGUCCUUCCGCGAAAACAACCCGCCGCCCACCGCCGCCGCACCCUCAUCCCGCAAGCGCAAGCUCAUCAUCCUCUCCCUCCUCUCCCUCACCCUGAUCGUCGCCUCCGCCGUCUCCGCCGCCCUCCUCGUCGCCGCCCGCAACCGGGCCGCCGCCGGGCCCGACCCGACCCGGCACCGGCGCCCGACCCAGGCCAUCUCCCGGGCCUGCGGCAAGACCCGGUACCCGCAGCUCUGCGUCAACUCGCUGGUGGAGUUCCCCGGGUCGCUCACCGCCGACGACCAGGACCUCGUCCACAUUUCCUUCAACAUGACGCUCCAGCGCCUCAGCCGGGCGCUCUACCUCUCGUCGACGGCGAUGAUGGCCAGCUACCUCCCCGCCGGCGGCCUCGACCGCGCCGCCUACGACGACUGCCUCGAGCUCCUCGACGACUCCGUCGACGCCCUCUCCCGCUCCCUCUCCGCCGUCGCGCCGCCGGAAGGCGGCGCCGGCGGCAUCGGCGGAGUGGGAGGGGUCUCCGCCUCCACCACCGACGUCGCCACGUGGCUGAGCGCCGCGCUGACGAACCAGGACACGUGCGCGGAGGGGCUGGCGGACGUGAAGUCCGGCCCCGUGAAGGAGGAGAUGGAGCGGAAAUUGAAGGAUCUGACGGAGCUCGUCAGCAAUUGCCUCGCGAUCUUCUCCGCCACCGACGACGGCGACUUCGCCGGAGUCCCGAUUCAGAACCGGCGGCGGAGGCUGAUGGCGGAGGAAUCGAAUGUGGAAUCUGAAGAGGAGUUCCCCGGCUGGAUCGGGAGGAGGGAGAGGAGGCUGCUGGGGCUCCCGGUUUCGGCGAUUCAGGCCGAUAUCGUGGUGUCGGCAGACGGCGCCAACGGGAGCUACAAGACGAUCGGGGAGGCGAUCAAGAAGGCGCCGGAGAAGAGCAGCCGGCGGACCAUCAUCUACGUCAGGGCAGGAAGGUAUGAGGAGAACAACUUGAAAGUGGGGAGGAAGAAGUGGAACCUGAUGUUCAUCGGCGACGGCAAGGGCAAAACCGUCAUCACCGGGAAAAGGAGCGUCUUUGACAACUUGACCACUUUCCACACCGCUUCCUUCGCGGCCACCGGAGCAGGGUUCAUCGCCCGGGACCUGACCUUCGAGAACACGGCGGGGCCGGCGAAGCACCAGGCGGUGGCGCUCCGCGUCGGCGCCGACCACGCCGUCGUCUACCGCUGCAACGUGAUCGGGUACCAGGACACCCUCUACGUCCACUCCAACCGGCAGUUCUUCCGCGAGUGCGACGUCUACGGGACCGUCGACUUCGUGUUCGGCAACGCCGCCGUGGUGCUCCAGAACUGCAGCUUCUACGCGCGGAAGCCCAUGGACCUGCAGAAGAACACGGUGACGGCCCAGAACCGGAAGGACCCGAACCAGAACACGGGGAUAUCGAUCCACGCCUCCCGGUUCCUGGCCACCCCGGACCUGCAGGCCUCCAAGGCCCAGUUCCAGACCUACCUGGGCCGGCCCUGGAAGCUCUACUCGCGGACCGUCGUCAUGAUGACGUACAUCGGGGACCACGUGCACCCGCGUGGGUGGCUGGAGUGGAACGCCACGUUUGCAUUGGACACGCUGUACUACGGGGAGUACAUGAAUUACGGGCCGAGCGGGGCGGUCGGGCAGCGGGUCAAGUGGCCCGGGUACCGGGUGAUUACGAACAAGGUGGAGGCGAACCGGUUCACCGUGAGUGAGUUUAUAUUCGGGUCGUCGUGGCUGCCGUCGACCGGGGUGGCCUUUCUAGCCGGUCUGAAUACAUAGUUUAUUUUUAUAUAAUAAUAAUAACUGAGAUUAUAAGUACAGGGCUAGCUGUUUCAUAAUUCGUUGUCAUAAAAAAAUGUCUUUAAUUUUCGCCGUUAAUCACAAAAUCAUAUAUAAAAGGCGUAUAAUUAUAUAUGUGGUGGGUAUAGUUUUUUUUUUCCAGAAAGGGUACAAGAGGGGAUUAUGUUGCUGCUAUAGGGGUAUAAUUGUAAUGCAAACAUUGAUGUUUUCAGGGUUGUAAUUUUUUUUCCUUCUUCCACAUAACGUAAUUGAUAAUAACGAUUCUAUGGAGACUAAUGAACGUUGUACUUGACGAGUAGAGUCGAACCAAGUUUUAU